AUGAUGAGGAAUGAUUCUGCUGGCAAGGUAUCCACCCUGGGACUGCUGGACAAGUCGCCAAACCAUGUCUGUCAUAUCUGCGCCAAGUCCUUUGCUCGAAGGGAUGUUCUGAGACGACAUGCCCGGCAUCAGCAUGGAGAGGCUGCUUUCCAGAAGACCAGUCCUCGUUCACGGCGGAAGAGCUGCCUCCGUUGUGCGCUUCACAAGGUCAAGUGCACGCGAGAAUCGACCUGCCAGGAAUGUGGGAAAAGCGGAUUACUCUGCCAGUAUAACUUCGAGCCGUCGUCGACGAGUACAGACCCGAAGAGCUGCGACAAUCGGCAAAGACUUGGAGGAGACCAGAUUCCUCCCUCGUCUCCCAAACGCCCCAGAUUACAGCUCGAGGAGUUUAGGACGCCUCCCGGACUACAACUGACUCCCGCGGAACUGAUGCGGCCCCAGAAAUCCCCAAGCCUAGACAAUCACCCAAGCCCAGAGUGGACCUUCACCUGGAGUCGCGAAUUUGGCAGCGACAUUGAUGCCCCGACGGUGCAAACCAUGACAGGUCCUCAGCGCGAUGGCAACGACAUCACCCGGACAAAUGAAAAAAACGACGCAGAUAGCCAUGCUCUUUUCACGCCUCUAAGACAUGACUCGGGACUGAUUACACACCCUGGCGUUGGUCUUGAACGAUCCGGUUCCGACCAUAUGGCCCCGGAGCAUUGGGGUCUGCUUUUUGAUAUGGAAGACCAUCACGAUACGAACCUCGCAUCUCGAACAACAUCCGAUGAUCAGUUGCCCGAGUUGUCGGACGGGGCUUUCCCAGACUUCACAAUCAUGCCAGAAGAUCUUGCAACUGUGGGUGCACCACCCCAUCAGACCUCUGGGACAUGGCUUCCAACUCGCCAACCGCUCCUGGGAGACCGGGAAGGCUUGCAAACCCAUAAAGGCCCUGCAGAUUCCGGCAUUGCAGAAACGCAGAGUCCGCUCCACGAGGCCAUUUAUGCAUCUAUCAGUGGCAGUGCAGAACUCCCAGGAACCGAGGACGGCGGAAAUUCUGCCAUCGAAGCAGAACAGAGCCUGGCUCUGAGAAUACAUCGGGUACUGCAGCAGAACUCUCUUGGUCAGAUUGGAUUGCCAACAGAUGUUCCUGCUUCAUUCCCCAGCUCAGUUCAGCUCUCAGCCUUUUGGGAUCUGUACUUUGUUCACUUUGACAAGCAUUGUCCCAUACUGCACCGUCACCUGGUGAAUCCCAUGUCCUGUUCACCGCUGAUUGCUGCGGUUGUCACCGUCGUCGGGGCCAACUAUGCGGACACUGCACACAGCAGACUGUUUCAUCAACAAGGAGCUUCCAAGCUCUGUGCCCUGCUGCAGACCUCCCUUGGGAACGAAAGAAACGAUGGACGUGCCGAAGGAUCCGUGCUCGCUGCAGUGUGCAUUCUUCUGUGCCAGGCGAUACGCAGCCGGAGGAGUGACCAGGCACAGCUCUUGACAACACUCCUCCACGGGAAUAUAGCCUACCUUGAAAAGAUGGGGCUUUUCCAGCAACAAAACGACUAUAUGGGAAGGUUGAAUCGUGGCCGGACGAUUCCCGUCAAUAAUAGUUCCCCACGUGACUGGAUGGCACAGCUCAAAAAAGUAAAUGACCUUGAAAUGCAUCACCAGUGGCGUGCAUGGGUGAAGGAGGAGACCUCGCGGCGACUUGCGUGGGCUUAUCUCACGUAUAAUUAUCUCUCGGCCGCCUUUCUGCAGGACAGAAUCCCACCAGAUCCCGAGCCACCAAAUCUACAAAUGCCCUGUGAAGACAUUAUGUGGGAGGCCGGAAAUGCGAGAGCCUGGUCGACUGGCUUUCCGUGGCUACACAACCCCCAACCCCAACUUCCAUUCCGAGCCACCUUACGCGGACUCUUGCACCAGAAUGUCGCUCUGCAAGAGGUCUCCCGCUUCGGGCGCCUGGUUUGCGCAGCCUUGAUUCAUUACGAGUUGUGUCGAGGAUCCUCUGAGGACGAAAGCAGGAGCAAGAAAAGCAUCCUGCAGCUGGUCAACGCUGGCGGAACCGAGCAACUGCUGAGGUUGGCAGCCGACCUGGCAGACUCUUUUAAAAGAGAUCCCCGGAGCCAACUUUGA